AUGGCGCAUGGAAUUAAGAAGAUUUUGAUUGACAAAAAUGAUGAUUUAGAGUGCAAUAAUAACCAGCAUAAUACAAACAAUACCAAUAAAAUGGCACUGAAUAGUUUACUUCUUGACAAUUGCUGUGUAAGCUCCUCAAAUCAGACUCUAAUGAACCAGAAAAAUUCCUCUACGACCACGAAUGCAUUGGUCGCAACACAUCAGCUACUACCACCAACGCAAUCGACGACGACUUUAAUGAAUAAUAGCAAUAAAUUGAGUUUAAAUUGUGGUGGCGCUUCGAUGUCUACAAUUGCUUCAUCAGCCACAAAGUCACCGACAACUGGUACGAAAAUGGGAUCACGCCGUAUAUUUACACCACAAUUUAAACUUCAAGUACUUGAAUCUUAUCGGAAUGAUAACGAUUGCAAAGGAAAUCAAAGGGCAACUGCACGUAAAUAUGGUAUACACCGUCGCCAAAUACAAAAAUGGUUACAGUGUGAGAACAAUCUUCGAUCAAUUAUUGCAAAUAAUCCUCAAAAUACAAAAAAUAACGCCAUGAAGUCAAUUCAAAAAGCAACAGCUCCCAUUUUAUCGUCGUCGUCAAACUCUAGACACCGCGGAGUCGUCGGCGCUAAUACAGACAAAAACGGGGGAACAUAUAGUUGUUUCACUCUAUCCAAUGCGAAAUCUUACAAAAGCAACAACGUUGGCUCGUCGACAAAAAGUCUAACAUCAUCGUCUUUAGCUUUUACUGAUUUUUCAAUGGGCAAUAAUGCGACGGCAAUCGAACCGACUCGCAAUAAUGGAACAAUCAACAUAAAUAUUAACAAUAAUUUCUAUUAUGAUAAUUCUCGUAUGGGAAAUAUAAAUAUGUACAAACAAGAAGAAUUGCCGAUCGAUUUAUCCUGCAAUAACAAAAUAAAAACGGAAACUGUUGCACGCCCUAUUGCAAUUCAUCCAACGCUACCCUUUUAUCAUUUUACUCCAUCCCCGCCUUCAAUGUCUCCACCUCAUUUAACUGACAUAUCAAACUCAAUUGUGAAAACAGAAUUACGUAAUGAUCCUAUUGAUCUAACUGUUCCAAAUGUGUCACAUAAACGUAAGCUCAGUACUGAUAACGCAGAGAAAGCAGAAAAGAAGCCUGUCAAGCUGUUUCGUCCUUACUUAGAAGGAAAUUUUGAUGAAAGCGAAAAAACUCAACAGAACAGCGAUCUACAAAAAUUUCCAUUAGUGUGGAGUAAUGUUUACAACUUUUAUCCUGAACAUUACAAUUCGGAUUACAACCCAGCCAAUCAUCCCUUUCUAAUUGGAUCGCCGACAUAUUAUGAUACUCAUUUAACGAUUCCUGUUACACCAUCUUCGACACUUUCGUCACCUAAUGAUAGUGGGAUUAUAAAUACUAGCUUUCAAACACUAAUGCCGCCAUCCCAAGCAUCCCCAGUUUCUGGUUAUGAUAGUUCUACAUCAUCAAUUUACAGUUUCAAUGACAAUGAAGCAGACAUGAGUCAAAGCAACAGCCCAUCUUAUAGCCAUUACGAUCCGCCAUCUCCAGUCAGUGCCACGUUGUCGCCAACUGAAACAAAAGUGCCAUUAUUUUCCUCAUCAUUUUUGCACGAUUUGAAAUUCAAAUUGCAUACUCUCGACUGCUACUACAAUGAUGCUGAAUGCAAGCGUAGCGAGAAACUAGUGGCAAAUAAGCUAAACAUUAAUUGCAAAGUUGUUGAAAAAUGGUUAAGACAAGAGAGUGAUUUACGUCAUCAGCAAAAGCAUUAUCAAUUAGAAAUUUUAGUGUAA